AUGGUUAACAGGAAGCUUUCACAUGUUCCUUCGUCCUCCAACGGGCAAAUCGAUGUGAUGUCCCGUGUCCUUCGUACCCGCAGCUAUCAAGCGCUCCUGGGUCGAGCCCGAGCUGCUCGUCCUCCUGGUCAAUCUAGAGCUGGUGAUUCGAUUUUCGCGUGUACCCCAGGUUUCUCUGCGGUCUCGGAAGGUUUGGGUCCUGCGAUUUUCAAUAGCCGUUCGCCAGUGACAUCCCCCUUCAAAGAUCCUUCGAAACGGUCGCAUCUCUCCAAUUCCGUGUAUAACCCGUCCUUUCAUACUCCUGCUGGCCUCUCUCGAUCUGGGUCGCAAUCGUCUUUGGGUUACAAUCCUCAUAUCAAUCCCAUGAUCUUCGAUACCCCCAUUUCUUUGGAAAACACUCCCGUUGGUUCUCCUUCCACCGUCUGCAGUACCCUGCCUACUGAUCCGAACACCCAAGCGUCUUCUUCGAAUAAGAGGCCUGCGAAGGACAUUGACGUUGAAAGUGAGGAUCUUGAAGAAGAGGAUGCCUGA